AUGAGGGUAGACAUUUCUGAAAAUAUUUCCUGGAUAUUUCAAAAAGAAAGCUGGUUCAUUCACGUUGUUUUAACAGCUAUCCUUAAACUUACCAUUUAUCAAUUUUUUUCUGAUAAUAUAAGUUGGCAAUUAUGUAUUAUUGCGUAUAACAUAAUUACAUUUUACUUUUUUCAUUGGAAAGUAGGAGACCCUUUUUCUCAAGAUUUCUAUAAUUACACCUUUUGGGAGCAAAUAGUUGAACAGUCUGAAGAUACCAUUCAAGUAAGAUUUCUUGCUUUGUAUCCUGCUAUCCUUUUCAUAAUAAUCAAUAAGUUUGUUAAUUGGAAUCCAUAUCUGUUAUGUAUUUAUGUUGUGACUUUAUUUAUGGUGACUAUACCAAAAUUAAGUUUUAUGCAUCUAAAAAGAAUAUUUGGUUACAGAAGUAGAAAUUAA